UCAUCUAAUAUUAAUAAAAUAUCAAUAAUACAGACCCCAGUAUACAACCUAUCCAACUAACAAAGCUUUUUACAAUUGUUAAUUGAUAACAUGGAUGUAUGCUAUUCAAAUAUAACGUAUCCCCUUCCACAACAAGUCCAUGAACUAGAAAAAAAAGGAAAACGAAUUUACCAUGAAUCAUUAUCAUCACGUACCUUUUCCCAAAAGGUAGCAUUUCCAGAAUGGCUGGCAUACUGAAUGUACAUGUUUUAUUAGCACUGCUGUCUCUAGUACAGUUUACUCUUGCUCAGAUAGGGGCCGACUUCAAAGUUUUACAAAAUGAAUUAUUUAACGAGCGUUCCUACCAAAAGACAAUCAUACCACGUACUCGUAAACAUAGAGCACUAUUUAUAUCCUUUGAAUUCUCUCUUCGCAAAAUUAUCUAUCUUGACGAGAUAGAGGAGAAACUAAGUACAAAGGCACAUCUGACGCUGGAAUGGAAUGAUACUUUUCUGUCGUGGAACGAAACACAUUUUAAUGAUAUUUCCUACCUUUACAUGCCUCAAAACGAGGUGUGGAAACCAGACGUCUCCCUUCAAAACGGAUUCACCAAAUUGAAAGAGCUUAAUUGGCGACGACGUGAUAUUGGUGAAAAUACUGUCUUCUGGACUAAUAAAGUGGAAGCCGAACCGGCACUUAAAUUGUGGUCAUACGAACCUAAUGGGGUAUGGGACCUCCAUUCGUCCACAGUAGAUCUUCAACAGGGGGACGUCAUCAUCUUUUUGACACUGAACCGAAGGCCGGAGCAUUACUUACUCACCCAUAUAUGCCCGGUCAUCUUACUGUCUGUCCUGGCCAUCUUCACUUUCGUCAUUCCAGUCGACAGUGGAGAGAAAUUAGGAUACAGCAUGACAGUGAAUCUAUCUUUCUCUGUUUUACUGACUAUUUUCAGUACGUCUUUACCUGUCAACUCCAGGACCACCUCUUACCUGGCAGUGUAUCUGAUUUGUCUACUGGUCAAGGGGACUAUUACCGUUAUAUUGACCGCUGUUCAGAUUAGAUUCCAUCAUCGUCCGAAGAACAUUGACCUACCUAAGAGAUACCAACUUGUCAUCAUGAUCAGUAGAAGAUUGCAUAUGUGUUGUGAAAUACGGAAGAAACCAAACAAAGUUAAGGUUACUAAGAUACCGUCCUCUAAGAGCGAUACGUCGGAUAACGGUCCCUCAUAUCCUCACAAGCUGGCAGAAGAGGAGUGCUCUGAAGCUAGACAAACGUCUGAUGAAAUCACAGACAGUGAAGACGAAUUACACGAAGUGUUUACAUGGACUGACCUCUCUGCUGCUCUGGAUGGUUUAUUCUUCUGCUUGUUAUCCCUUGUCGAUGUAGUGCUGGCCAUUGUGUUUUUCACAGCAGUUUAUUAAAUAAUGCAUCUGUGUAAAGGAGACACCAGAAAUACAACGUUUGUGUGAUAAACACGAUGAGAGAAGUUGUGCACGUGUUAAAGACACUGUUACAUAUACAUUGCGAAGUCUCUAUGGCGAUUACGAACAAGUUCUUUUGGCCAUUUUCGUAUUGUCUGUACCAUUUGCAAAGUCACCGGCUCACUUUCUACUAGUACUAGUCUUACCGAUGUCGUGAUGACGAGCUGGCUUCUCCAAAAUUCUGCUGACGUUUUAUUCGUUUUGGUCUAUAUUGAAUUUCAAAAACAUUUAGCACCCAUGUACAAUGAUAGCUACGUAAAACAAAAUCUUAAGGAUUUCCAUAGAAUAAAGUCGCAUUCUUCAGUGCAAGCUAAACUCCAACCGUGGAUCAACUGUGCACAUGUUAAUCGGAUGAAGCAAAAUCAUCGUGGGGCGUAUACUGUUUAUUGACAGAUCUUCAGCAGUGCACUCAAUUUUCAAAAGGCGCCAUCGGAGUGUCAAAGAAAAUGUGACUAUGCACUCCUAAGAAAUGUAAAUUCCAAGGUAACCUUUAUACUCAAACAAUCUAGACCCCUGUUUGAAAUAAUCGCGAACGGUCGGAGAUAUGCAACAUGCUUUUUGAUAGAUAUUGCAUCAACAUUAGACAAAUGUUUUAUAUUGUGUCUUGUAAGGUAUAAAUACAAAAACUAGAGUAGGUAUAAAUGGUUGGAUCACUGAUUUUUAAUAACUGUAUACCUGAAAAAAUCUCUGAAUUUCAAUCUUGUAGAAAAAUUUAUUACUUGUGCAAUGAGUUAUUUAAAACGUUACUAUGAUAAUGAUAUUGGUUUAAAUAGUUGAAACAGUGUAACAAAAAAAAUAGAUGUCGUUUUGAACCAUUGUGUUGGCUGCUUUAUCAUUCUUUCAUAUUGAUAUAUCUUGGAGAAGUCAUCUUUAGAUGUCUAAUAGGUUGGGUAAUUUGCAUUAUUUUCCAGUUUAUUCCACAAUGUUUUGUGUAACAGUACGAUGUAUAUAGUAAUGUUGUUUAAAUGUGUAUUUUGUAUCUGGACUUCAUUUUUCCUAACUUCUUUUUAGAUCUUGUUUUAUUAUCUAUUGCAAUACCAAUCUGUUAUAUUCCAAAGGUAUUUUUAAGAAGCACUUCAUAGUCUAUAUUUUGUACUUGUUCAGUAAUUACACAAUUUCUUC